CAUUGUCUGUCUCUACAUUAAAUAAAGCCUGCUGGUGAAGUAAGACGUAUUCGUAGUAUAGAUAAAAUAAUUACUCCAUGGAUAAAUAAACAUUUAAAAAUUUACAGCAAAUCGAUAUAAACGGUUGCACUCCUUAAAAGUCGACAAUUUGCACAUGAAGUAUCGAAAUACCAGCAUCAUCCCUAAAAAGAAGAAGCAAAAAGAGCAUACACAAAGAAAAAAAAUCAAAGUUAAUAGAAAUUCUAAACAACUAAAUUGGCAAGUGCAGAAAUAAAUAUAAAUUAUUAUUUGAUAUGGAUACAUUCGAUGUAUCUGACAGGAGCAGCUGGUACUUUGGUUCCAUGUCUCGACAAGAUGCGACCGAAGUAUUAAUGAAUGAGCGGGAGCGGGGAGUAUUUUUGGUCCGUGACAGCAACUCAAUUGAAGGAGAUUAUGUGCUUUGCGUGAGAGAAGACACCAAAGUGAGCAACUACAUUAUAAACAAGGUGCAGCAACAAGAUCAAAUUGUUUUCCGUAUCGGCGAUCAAUCAUUCGAAAAUCUGCCAAAGCUAUUGACAUUUUAUACUCUGCAUUAUCUGGACACCACGCCCCUUAGGCGGCCCGCCCAGAAAAGAGUGGAGAAGGUUAUUGCCAAAUUUGAUUUCGUUGGAAGUGAUCAAGAUGAUUUACCGUUCCAAAGAGGUGAAGUACUCACUAUAAUACGAAAAGAUGAGGACCAAUGGUGGACUGCCCGUAAUUCUACGGGUCAAAUUGGGCAAAUACCGGUUCCCUACGUUCAAAGAUAUGAUGACACUAUAGAGGAAGAUGGUGUGGAUCAAUCAACUAGCCUAAAGAGCAGUUCCUGCUUAGCACGUUCAAAUAUCUCGUCUGGCGGUAGCUGUGAACCACCCACCGUAUCAUCCAGCCAGUUUAGCACCUUGAAGAGGACAGACUUGAAUCGCAAGUUGCCAGCUCGAGCCCGAGUAAAACAGUCGCGAGUGCCGAACGCGUACGACAAGACGGCGCUUAAACUGGAAGUUGGGGAUAUUAUAAAGGUCACGAAAACCAAUAUAAAUGGUCAAUGGGAAGGAGAAUUAAACGGUCGCAAGGGACAUUUUCCAUUUACUCACGUUGAGUUUAUCGAUGAUUGCGAAUCGAGCAAUAAUUGUGCAGACAUUCGAUUAAAUAGCGCCAAUAACGAUUGGGCGGAACAACAAUAAUUUUUAAUUAUAUAUAUAUAAUUUAUAUAUUUGUAACAUUAAGGCACUGUAUUAAAUAUUAACGUAUAAGUGGAGUUAUCAUUUAUCAAUUGUUAUGCUAUGAAACGUAUUGAUUAAUCAUAGAUAAUUCAAAUCAAACCGUUAAUCACAAUGAAAUAUUCUUCUCUUGUAUGAAGAAGGUACAAAAUAAAUAAAAUGGGGCCAUCUCCGUUUAUCAUAGUA